AUGACCCCCGAGGACACUGCCAGAGCCACACACUUCUUCAUCGACCUGAGCCGCAAAGAGAGCAGGGACCCCAACCGCUUUAAACACAGGAUGGAAACACACCGACUGUAAUUAUAGCCUAUUAUUGCAGCUGGCACUCAACAGCUGAAAAAGUGCUUUUGUGAAGUCAAAGCAGGUGUAGGACUGAGUGAGUUGUUCCUGAAUGGAAGAUAUGUUGCCUCUCUCUGAUACACACUGUGGCACAAACAAACUUGCAUCAGAGAUGUUGCCAUGGAUAUAUGGGCCUCUGAGCCCGUGCUAAUUAGCUGCGCUUCAUAGAGGCCUUGGCCAAAACAAAGCCGCUGAUUUGAUUAGAUGUAUCCUAGUUACAGCAGCUUGGGCUUGAAGAGAAAUAUCAUGCUAAUAAGGCAAAGUUUAUGGAGGGAAAUGGUUGACUUAACAAUUGCAUUUACAUUUGUUUUGAAAUGUAAAUGGAACACACAGCAGCCUGUUUUUAACCUUGCAUCCUGUCCCUGAUGUCAACUCUUUCCUGCUUCGUCCUCCAGGAUGUGCCAACCAAGCUGGUGGCCAAGGCCGUGCCUCUUCCCAUGGCAGUGAGGGGACACUGGUUCCUCAGCCCGCGGACAGAAUACUGUGUCGCUGUCCAAACUGCUGUGCGACAGCCAGACGGCGAGUACCUGGUGUCAGAGUGGAGCCAGGUGGUGGAGUUCUGCACCGGCGACUAUGCCAUGGAACACCUACAGCAGCUUCUUGACAAGGCCAAAGGCUCUGCAGGGAGGCUGCUGAAAUUCUCUGUGUUUUAUCGCAACCAGCACCCAGACUACUUCGACUAUGUCAGAAAGGAGUGUGGAGGCCUGAUGCGUCCUGCCCUAAAAGACUGCAGUGGGAGUCAUGGUUCUCCCAUCAACGGCAAGCUGCAAGGAGUCUUCUUUAGCUGCAACACAGAGUUUGAUACAGGCCUCCCUCCCAAAGACUCCCCGUACGGCCCCCUGCGUUUCCAGAUCCCAGCCGGACACCUGCUGAACCCCAACAUCAGCCUCUACUUUGCAGACUUCUACUGUAUGUACACUGCCUACCACUACGUGGUGCUAGUGCUGGCCCCCGUUGGCUCAGAGGGAGACACCUUCUGCCGCACCCGUCUCCCCAUGCUGGACUUGGCCUCCAACCCCUUCCUGACGUACACCGACCCCCAGAGGCCGGGGGAGGAGCCUCUGUACUGCCACGCCAGUGACGUCAUCCUCGAGGUGCUUUUCACAGAGCCGGUUCACUUGGAUCAGGGCAGCGUGGAGCAGAUCAGCGGGCACCACCAGCUGAAGAGUCUGACCACAGCCAACGCCAAGAAAGACCCGAGCUGCAAGGUGUGCAACAUCAGUGUGGGACGCUGAGGGACAGACUGAUGUAGGGCAGACCUGGGACUGUGUGACAAGUGUUGCACAGUGACAAAACAGUUGAGCCCAUCACGUGUAGGUCAGAACACAGUGGAAACAGCCCACCUCUCAGGGUGUGUGCAUGCUGCUGUCCCCCCCGCCCGCUUGGAUUAGCAUAGUGAAUAUUAAAUAGAAGACUUUUACAAUGUGUAUCGCAGAAAUUCAUCAUGAUCACAGCUGGAAAUAUAGCGAACAUCCAUCCAUGACUGCUGAACAAAACAUAAUUGAAGACAUGAUACGCUUUAAAAGGCUGGAGAAAAUCCCUGCUCUAUAUUUGUUGACUCAUCUGUGUCUUGUGUCUUCUGUGUUUUUCCUUAUGAUGUGUUUAAUUUCAUUUUUUAUUUGCUGGACUACUACGUUGAUGUGAUUUCUUUUAAAGAUAUUUGUGUUUGAUACAACCUGAAAUGCAACGCCAGAAGCAUGUUCCCCCUUUUAAAAGUCUGGUUUUAAACAUUACAGAGGUCGUAACAAAUAUUUGACUAUUUCUACUUCUUGCAAUGCUUUCUCUAUAAAGUCACUGCCAGAUGUUCUUUUUCUUUAAAAACAAGACUUAUUGCCAAAUGUUUAAUAUGAAUGCUACAUUGUAGCUUUGACUAGUUUUCAGCAUCCCUGCCAAAUACUUUAUUGCUUCUUAAAAAUUGUACUGCUUAAUUACACAGACUCUUACUGCAGAAAAACAUGGUGCAAUGUGACAUGGAAAGCAUGCUCAUUCGGUGUGUUGGGGUUUUAGGAGGUAAUGGGGAAGAUGGUAUCACCAAGUUCCCUGCGAUCUAUCUUCUGACAGCAAGCCCUGGCUCUAUAAACAGGGCUGAGCUAAGAUUAGCUUCUCUCUGGCUAUGGGGCUUCUGUCUGUCCGUGCCCAGUAAUCUCUGACCUAUAUGGGAAUCCCAGAAAUGCCCAAAGUGAAAAGGAUCCCCUCCCUGGUGCACAACAAUAAGGCAUGCAGUGGUGAGGACAUGACAGAGAGAGUGUGGACUGAAACACCUGUCUGAUGCUGAAUGUGAAUGAUAACUGGGCAAAGAAAAAAUAAAUGGAACAAAACUGA